AUGGAGGUGAACUACAGCUCACCUGUCCUUUUAAACCAGUUCAGUGUGUUCCAGGCCCCUCCCCUGGCCCCUCCCCUGGCCCCUCCUCCUGUAUUUGCAUACAGUGUGAAGCCCCUCCCUCUCUCCGCCUCCCAGUCUCAUCCGUUCCGAACCCGCAGAAGUCUGAACCGUAAAAACCCGCCCUCCGCCGUCAGAACUACUUCACAGCUGGUUUUGGUUUUUUUCUUUGGGUCGGAUCUGAUCCAUCACCAUGUCGGUCCAAACGAGCCGAAAGUCCACCACCACCACCUACCGGACCAUGAACACGGCCUCUGCAGAACCGGGGUCCCCACCACCUACCGGACCGUCAAGGUGGCCUCCUCCCCGGACCCGGUGCCCGCCACCUACCGGACCCUGAGAGUGGUGUCUCCGGAUCCGGUUCCGAAGACGGCCACCUACCGGACCGUCAGCGUGGCCUCCCCGGACCCGGUGGCCAACGCGGUGAUCUCCGCCGCUCCCGUGUCCCCGAUGCCGUACGCGGUGAACGGCUCUUAUGAGGGCUUCCGGUACCUGGUGCCGGUGCAGACGGCCGUGCAGCAGCCGUCCUACGUGAUGAUGCAGCAGCCCGUGAUGCAGCAGAUGGUGUCCCCGGUGUACCUGCACAGCAUGGCCCCCCAGCUGAGCGUCAGCAGCCACGACUCAGACCUCAUGUACCGGCGACAGAGCACCGCAGAGAGCAUCAGUGGGAAGUCUUCGUCAGUGUUCAGCCAGUCGUCCAGUCCUAUCAAGAGUCCUGAGCUCAGUGUAGAGGAGGAGGUGGAAGAAAUAGAAGAGGUAGAAGAGGAGGAGGAAGAGGAGGAGGAGGAGGAGGAGGCUGUGGAGGUGGAGGAAGUUGAGAUCAUCAACGUCAUCCAGCAGAAGCCGCCGCCUCUGAUCGAGCGGAUCUCCAGGACGGAGGUGAGGAGCGAGCUGAGGGACGUCCCACAGCCGGCAAAGAUGGACACGCGCUUCUUCGGAGAACUCUUGGCCGAGGUCUACAGGAAGAACUGCGAUAUCCACUCCUGCAUUUCUGAACAUGUGUCCAAGAUCCGCGGACAGAAACACCAGUUGAAUCCCAGCAAUGACUACAAGGUGGAGAAGCAGGAGGUGGAGGCUCUGAUCCCCAAAGGAGCCACGGAGCUGACCAAACAGCAGAUCCGCUACCUGCUGCAGACUCGUCUGACCGCUGAUAAGAGCAUGCGUCUGCUGCUGUCCACCUUCAGCAGUCUGAGAGAGGAGCUGAUGCACAUGUCUGACGACCUGCGGCGUCUGGAGAGCGAAAAGGAGUCUUUGGAGAGGGAUCUGACUUUUAAGGCGGACCAGGCCAAACAGUACGACUCUCUUCUGGAAGCCGUGAGAGAAAACAACCGACAACUGCAGACGUCUCUGAAGGAAGCCAGCUCUGCUCAGCGUUCUUUGGAGAGUCAGCUGAUGAGCAGCCGAAGCACCGACUCCAACCGAGAGUUCAAGCUGAAGGAGCUGGAGGGACGGAUGAGGGCCAUGGAGAAGGAGAACGAAAUGCUGCGUCAGAAGCUGGCGGGCCAAAGCAGCAACGCAACCCUGCAGAUCAAGACCGAGGAGUUGUCACGUCAGUACAACGAGCAGCUGAGCACCAUGAGACAAGAGAAAGAUCUGGAGAUACAGAACCUGAGGGCUCAGAUUACGAAGAUCCAGUCGGAGUUCAGCAGCAGCCACAGCAAACUGUCGUCCACAGAGAGGAGCCUCCCGCUGAAGAUCUCUGAGCUGCUCAGCAUGUUGGAGCAGACGGCAGGACCACCAUCACCCGACAGGAAGAGGAGAUCAAGAGGCUGAUGCAGGAGAAGAACGACAGCUCCAAGAGCGUCACCAAGACCAUCAUCACAAAGAGAUACAGGAACCAGUACCCCAUCCUGGGCCUGCUGAGUGAUGACUACCAGGCCACCUCACCGGUCAAAGAGGCCAAGACCAUCGUCAUCGAGAGAACC